AAAUAAUUAUCUGAAUCAGAAUCACCAAACAAAGCCAAAGAGGACAAAUGCCAUAACUCAGAGGAACCUUUCUCUCUUCACUUACAGCUCACUAAUAGAAAGCACCUUUCUCUCUCACUUAAAAAAAGAACCAGCUUUUUUCUUUUUAGUUUACUUGGACCAGCCAUUGUAAUAUGAGUACUUGAUUCUACUUUCAUUUUCUUUGUGGAAUCUUUGCGUCUUCUUCUCUUUAGUCUUACUUUCUAAGCAGAAACCAAACGUGGGUCCACUUUUGUUUUCUGUCAGAUGUCUUUUUUGAUAGGGUUUUGUUGAAAGCAACUUGAUUUCUGGUGGUGAUAGAGAAGGUCUUUCUUUUGAAGUUAUAGUUCAACCAAAAUGUUUAGUUUCUCAGGUAGACGCAUGAAACUUGGCAGAGUGAAGAAGGUUCAGCUCUCAGAUUCAGCACUUGUGACUAGAAGUCCUAUUAGACCUCAAAAACGAACUAACAAUCCCAAUAGUGAAGGUGUUGCCCCUACAACUAGUCAUUCUGAUGAGCUUGAUUGUCAGUGUCCGUCUGCUCCACCUGAGACUAAUAGCUCUACUACAUCAGGGAACUCUGAGAACUGGAUGGUGUUGUCUAUAGCUGGAGACAAACCCACACCUCGUUUCAAUCAUGCAGCAACUGUGAUAGGUAACAAGAUGAUUGUGGUUGGUGGUGAAUCUGGAAAUGGAUUAUUGGAUGAUGUACAGGUGCUUAAUUUUGACCAAUUUACUUGGACCACAAUUUCGUCGAAACUCUACUUGUCACCCAGCAGCCUACCAUUAAAGAUCCCUGCAUGCAAGGGGCACAGUCUGGUUGCUUGGGGGAAGAAGGCACUUCUAAUUGGAGGAAAAACUGAUCCUUCCACUGACAGAAUUUCAGUAUGGGCAUUUGACACAGAAACAGAAUGUUGGUCUCUUUUAGAAGCAAAGGGAGAUGUUCCGGUUGCUCGCAGUGGUCAUACAGUAGUCAGGGCGAGCUCUGUGCUAAUUUUAUUUGGGGGUGAAGAUGCUAAAAGGAGAAAACUGAAUGAUCUGCAUAUGUUUGACCUAAAGUCAUUAACAUGGCUCCCUUUACAUUGCACAGGAACAGGACCAUCUCCAAGAUGUAACCAUGUGGCUGCUCUCUAUGAUGAUAAAAUGCUUCUUAUAUUUGGAGGAACAUCAAAGUCCCGGACUUUGAAUGACUUGUAUUCACUUGACUUCGAAACGAUGGUUUGGUCAAGAAUAAAGAUCCAGGGAUUCCAUCCAUCUCCCAGGGCUGGUUGUUGUGGAGUGCUGUGUGGAACUAAAUGGUACAUAGGAGGGGGUGGUAGCAGAAAAAAACGGCAUUCUGAAACUUUGAUUUUUGAUAUUGUGAAAGUGGAGUGGUCUGUGGCCUUUGCAUCAUCCCCAUCCUCUAUCACAAUCAACAAGGGAUUUAGCCUGGUGCUCGUGCAACACAAGGAAAAGGAUUUUCUUGUUGCGUUUGGAGGGUCUAAAAAGGAGCCAUCAAAUCAGGUUGAAGUUAUAGGCAUGGAUAAGAGUGAAUCCAUGAGUCGACAAUCUGCUGCUGGUAAAGGUCCUGGACCAUUGUUUGGGAAACGCUCAUCUUCCACAGCGCUGGCUGCACAACUUAAUGCCGGUUCUUCCCAGCGUUCAGUUGAUACCCUUGCAAGACAAAAUUUAGCAUCUGUAGUUGAGCACCAUGGUUCCGGUAGAAAAUCUUUGUCAGAAACACUUGUUGAACCAAAUUCUGUUUCUGGCAAUGUCUCACUGCGCAAGCAAUUUCACGAGGAAGAGCAUAGUGCUGCUGUUAAGAUGGCAAAGAACAUAGAGGAUGGAUCUUUUUCAUCACUGGCUGUGGAUCACCGAAUAAAUCAAUCUGAUACAUCAAAUCAGACUAACAUUUCUAUAGGCAAAAUUAUUGCGGAGGAGACAUCUUGUGUAUUUGACUCUGAAAAUUCACACUCCCAGAACCAAGGAGUUGAGAACCAUCUAGUAGAAAAUGAGGAUGCAUUAGUAUCAGAACCUGAUGGUAUGACAGGAGGGGCUCAUUCAAGUAUAUAUCAAUUGUAUGAAACAAAAAUAGCUUCUCUAAUAAGAAAGAAUGGGGUUCUAGAAGGACAAUUGGCAGCUGCAUUGGCAAGUAGAGAAGCUGCAGAGAAAAAUCUAUCAUCUGUUCUAAAAAGUAGACAGGAGAUUGAGAGAAAAUUGACAGACACACUGAGGGAGAUGGAGUUGCUAAAAGAGAAGCUAGCUGGUGUAGAAUUAGCUCAAGAAGAGGCCAACAGCUUAUCAAAUAUUGUCCAUUCUGACAACGUAAGACUUGAGCAUGAUGUGGCUUUCCUAAAGGCAGUUUUGGAUGAUACACAGAAGGAGCUACAUUCUACUAGGGGAGUCCUCACUGGGGAAAGAGCAAGAGCAUUCCAACUACAGGUUGAAGUUUUUCACCUCAAACAAAGACUGCAGUCCAUGGAAAACCGAGUUCCCACCCCCAGAAAACCAUUCAACGUCUAGUAAGGGGAAAAAUACUUUAGGGUUGGGAAAGGCAUAGUAAGACCGGUAUCAGUUGAUCAACCUGUACCAAACUGUUGAGUACCCGAUUGGCCUCAUUUUGAUACACUAGCCACGCUGCUGUAAAUGUAAUUUGAAAAUUAUUUUCUUGCAAUGUUUCAAUCAUGUACAUAAUUUUAUAUAGGUUCAGUUGCUAAAA